AUGCGUGAAAUGUAUUCACGUGUUGCACACGAUAUGGGAAUGUUUCAUUAUCCACUUCAUAUUGCUAUUAAACAAGAUUUUAUUCAAUUAGUUAAAUUUAUUCUUAAUUAUAAACAAUUAUUUAAUAUGAAAAUAGAAGAAACGUAUACAAAACGAACAGCAUUACAUGUUGCUGCUGGAAAAUGUUCAACUGAGGUUUGAUUAACAACUUCUUUUUUUUCUUUUUCCAAUUAAAAUGUUUUCUUUUUAUAUUAUUUCUCUUUUAUUAGAAGAAGGACAAGUUGAAGAAGAUCAGUUAGAUUUAAAUGGUCAUACACCAUUAGAUAUUGUUUGGAAAUUACUUAGUAAUUUAGAUUAUGAAUUUGAAUAUAGAGAAGAGACUUUAAAAUAAAUGUUAAGUCAUAAAUGUAAAUUUUCAUCACUUAAAUCAUUAAGAAAUCAUGCAUUUAUUGUAUUAUCAAGAAACAUUACAAAUUAUGUCCAACCAUGAAUAGAUUGGUUGUCAAAAAUUUCGAAAGCAAAAGUCAAUGUUAAUUCCAAUUAAAAUUUUAGUUGAAAAAAAAACACGUAUAGAUAAUUUUUCAUCAUUAAUUUUCUUAAGCAUCUUUUAUAAUAUAAAUCUAGCAAUUCAGAAAACUCUACGGGAUUUCAGAAUAUGUAAUUUGCUCUUAAAAAAAGCGUGCUCUGAUAGUGGAAAUAUAUUCGAAAUACAGAGUCUAACUAUUUUUUGCCAGGGGAUAUAUCUACGUCCGAUAUGGGUCAAUUGUUUUAGUAACAUGAGCCAACCCAAUGGCAAUUUUCCCUGAUUAAUACAAACAAAGCUCUCCUAUGUAUAUCUUUUAGAAUUUACAUUAAUGUGUAUUCUAUUUUGAUAAGUUAUGUUUUAUUGGAGAGGGAAAAUUGAGACUCUCUAUACUUCAAAAAAAAUCCGAGUACGCACUGUAGGAGUCGCUUUCUCUCUUGUGAUAUAUUCUAUACUCACUAUGAAUGGAAAAUAAUGACAGAACUUAUGAAAAAAAAUUAACCUGAUUUUUAUUUCUGAAAGAUACAUGCUUAACUUGACUCGAGUCGAACGUUGAUAUAUAUAUCUUUGUCUGAAUUUUGUUCAAAUACAGGGUACCACAAAGGUCACUUUGCCAUAAAUAACAUUAAACAUCUCGACUAUGUAUCGAGCAAACGAGCUGAUUUUUUACAAUUAAUAAAAACAUACCUAGAAAAACUGUCUUUUUCGCCUAUAAGGGAAAAAAUAAAUUUUUUUUGUUGCGAUUAAGUCUUUAAAUAUGUUGAUAAAAAAAAUCAGCUGAUUUGUUCGAGCUCUAAACAUUCUUUAUUGUAAAUAUAUUUAUAGCUCACUCUGUAUUAUCAAUUCUAAUGAAAUAAACUGAUUCUCAUAUCAACAAUAGGUCAAACUAGGAAAUUAUUAUUUGAUUUUAAAUAAAAAAAUCAAUAUAUCAUUUACUAAUUUUUUUUUAUGUACUAAAACAAUUUUUUGAAAAUAUAUAAACACGAUAUCUUAUUCCCAAUAAAGUCUAGUCAACUUAGCUGAUCCUGCUCACAUAAAAUCCGAGGUAGACUACAGAACUUCUAACAAAGUUUUUAAAGAGAUUAUUGUAAGACUGCUUCAUGCUCAAAAACAAAAUUUCUUCAAAACUUUUCAGUUGUCGAAAAAAUUUCGAAUAGUUUCCUCAAAUAUAAAUUUGAAUUUUUCAAAGAACUCUAAUGACGGCUUUCUCGACAGACACUGAUCAUACUCAUAAAUUCCCUAGGGAGUCUCGAUUAGAGAUGGCUCAGCCCUCACAAACGUACCGAAAUUCUAGACACAAAAUACGGUUAAAAAUCUUGCAGCACUAUUGUUAAAUUAUAUUUUGCUGCUUAUGAAGAAAAAAUCAGCAAACCGAAACAACCUAAUAAAUGCACGGAAACUGUUCACUAUGCCAGCUAUAUGUCUUGAAAACCUGCAAUUCUCUCUGUUAUUAUUAAUAAACGAGUCACAAAUAAUAUUCUUCAACCAGAGACGCCAGAAACUUUUCUAGAGAGGACCCACUAUCCGGAUAUUUUACUGAAUAAAAGAUGGAGAAUUGAUAUAAUAUUUGAAUUAAUUCCAACAGAAUUUCAUACAAAUUCAAAUCGAAAUUAUCAAGAUAAAGUCAUGGAAGAUGAUAAAUUUGAUAGACAUUAUACUGGUAGUAUUC